UUUUCAUACGCAAUAACAUUUCGCAUUGCGCUUUCAUAAAAUGGACAGCAAACUUGCUCUUGCACAGAAGCAGUCUUCAGAUACCAGCGAUGCUGGGGCCGCUACCGCGUCAAACAAGUCUUCCAGCUCCACAGCAUUUUCCACCUCGAGUAUAGCAUCAUCUACAGAAGAUUCUUCACUUGAUACCAAGCAGCAGAACGACAACAGCGGGAGUGGCGAUGAGGUAAAGACCAAGGAGGAUAUGUGGGUCGAGACACGGGUCAUCAGAGAUGCGAAUGCAGUGCUCGACAUGAUGAAACCGCGGAGCGCUGCUUCGCGAGUGCUUGCCAUCAACAUUUCCAAGCACAUUUCAGCUGAUCUGGAGCAUCGGCUCAACGCAACCAGCAAAUAUGCGAUAUUUGACACCUGUAUAACCCUGCCAGCUCUUGAUGAGCUUGUACCCUACAGCAACAAUCGACAGCGGCCGCUAUUCGACACAGCAGCAUAUGCGAAGAAGAAGUACGAGCGCAGCGGAACCACAGCCAACGCAUUUGCAGUAUUUCAGGAGUGGAUCUCGCCUAGGCCAAUACAGCAACAGCCUAUAGGGUCGCCAUCUGCACCACUGGAGAGUAUGCAUGGCGACGACACGGACGAUGCUAAGCAGAUCCACACAUCGGUACAGUCGUUUGUAUAUUUUGUCUCUCAACACAUCGACUGUUUCAUUAGUGCACUGGACCCAUGCACCUUUGCGAAACCACCUUUGUGCAUAUCGCCAUGUCCUGCCAUGCGUGAUUCAAGACUAUGA